AUGUGCGAGUCCUGCGUGGACCGCAUCUUCUCGUCGGGACCCGCGCCUUGUCCGGUAGCCGGUUGCCACAAGACGCUGCGCAAGAACCGAUUCCGAAAGCAGACCUUUGAGGAUAUCAGCGUUGAAAGGGAGGUCGACAUUCGGAAGAGGGUCAUGCAGAUAGUUGACUGGUCUUUUAGCCUGAACCGCAGAGAAGACGAGUUCGACAGCAAACGAGCGUACGAUGACUUCCUGGAGCAGCGAGAAGAGAUCAUUUCCAACCUGGUCAACGGCAUAGAUGUUGCCAAGACCGAGUCGGACCUCAAGAGAUACGCAGCCGCCAACAUGGACUCGAUACGAGCCAACCAGGUCCGCGAAUCCCAGGAAGCAGCAUCCUUCCUGGAGCAACAGUCCUUCGAGCAGGAACAGGCCCGCCUCCGCCGCCAGGCCGCCCGGCAAGAAUAUGAGAAUGAACGGCGCGAGAUGCUGGCCGGCCGGGAGGAUGUCCUGGGUCGUCUGGCCGCUGGCUCACCCGGCGACGCUUCCUCAAUCGCACGAGAGGGCCAGAAAGUCCUUCUCAAGAAAUCCUCGGCCAGACGCAGCGAGGAAGAUCGGAUGCGCCAGAAGCAGGCUGCCCUGCGCAGCGUAGAAGCCAAGAGGGCGGCUGCCGCCGGUCAACCGGUCACGACCGCAGACACCGCGGGCGGCGAGGAAGACACGGGCUUCAUCAAAGGUCUCAAGAAAGCCAAAGCCCCGGAGCCCGAAAAGCCGUACGAUCCGUUCGGCGGUCUGGAGCCCGGCAAACGGGAUUACUACGUGUUGCAGGAUCGCUACCCAUCGAGCUGGCUCGAUCGGAUCCGCGACGACGUGCGCAUGCAGGCCGGUGGCUACGAUUUGAGGGAAUACUACUCCAGAACGCUACUCGAAGCCUUUGCGGGACUUGGCUGCUUUAUUGACGAGGAGAUCCCCAAACGAGACACCGCUGGUUUGGCCCUGUCAAAAUCCGUGGCUACCGAGGGAGCUGCCGCUGCUGUUACCGCUGCUUCAUCGGUCGGGAAUGCUGUUUGA